CGCGGCCCCGCCUGAGUCGCGUUUCUUCUGGCAGGUCCCAGCUCGUCUUUAAACCCACCGGGCGAUCCUUGGAGCACCGCAGCGAUGCCCAGGGAAGACAGGGCUACGUGGAAGUCCAACUAUUUUCUGAAAAUCAUCCAACUCCUGGAUGAUUACCCAAAAUGUUUCAUUGUGGGAGCAGACAAUGUGGGGUCCAAGCAGAUGCAGCAGAUCCGCAUGUCCCUGCGUGGGAAGGCUGUGGUGCUGAUGGGCAAGAACACCAUGAUGCGCAAAGCCAUUCGUGGUCACCUGGAGAAUAACCCUGCCUUGGAAAAGCUGCUGCCUCACAUCCGUGGGAACGUGGGCUUUGUUUUCACCAAGGAGGAUCUGACUGAGAUCCGGGACAUGCUGCUGGCUAACAAGGUACCAGCAGCUGCUCGUGCUGGUGCUAUUGCUCCUUGUGAUGUGACUGUGCCGGCCCAAAACACUGGUCUUGGACCUGAGAAGACCUCAUUUUUCCAGGCCUUGGGCAUCACCACGAAGAUUUCCAGAGGGACCAUUGAAAUUCUGAGCGACGUGCAGCUCAUCAAGACUGGAGACAAAGUGGGAAAACUGCUGAACAUGCUGAACAUCUCCCCCUUCUCCUUCGGGCUGGUGAUCCAGCAAGUCUUUGACAAUGGCAGCAUUUACAAUCCUGAAGUGCUGGACAUCACUGAGGAGACCUUGCACAAGCGCUUCCUGGAGGGUGUCCGAAACGUGGCCAGCGUGUGUCUGCAGAUUGGGUACCCAACUGUGGCCUCUGUGCCCCACUCCAUCAUCAACGGGUACAAGCGGGUCCUGGCGGUGGCUGUGGAGACCGACUACACCUUCCCCCUGGCUGAAAAGGUGAAGGCCUUCCUGGCAGACCCCUCUGCCUUUGUGGCAGCCAUGCCCGUGGUGGCUGAGGCAGCUCCAGCACCCACCCCCGCGGCUGCCCCGGCCAAGGAGGCGGCCAAGGAGGAAUCCGAAGAGUCCGAUGAGGACAUGGGCUUUGGUCUGUUUGACUAA